CUUAACAUGUCGCACAUUGGGUUAUUUUUCCUCAUUGCCCUGGCGAUGGUCUUCGCCUCCGGUAUAAAUGCUCAACCACAGUGUGGCGUUAAUGAGGUUUUGGACGAGUGUCCCGAUAACUGUCCACCGGAUCCCACAAGACCCCCUAGAGCCUGCAUCCAGAUAUGCAGACCUGCUUGCGUCUGUAGACCCGGUUACGUGAGAAUCGUCAAUCGCUUCGGCAAUCGUGUAUGUGAGGUACAACGCCCAGAAGAAAGACCUAUAUCCCCUGAUAAUUAAAUAUAACAUAUAUAUAAGGUACAUUUUGAAUCUAUUUUUAGCAAAAAAGCAAUUUGAAGCAUAAAUGC